AUGGCGCACCCCCUGACCCAGCAGCCGCCGUCCUCCCUCGCCUUCUCCUUUGCCGCCCGGCCCUCCCCGCUCUCCUACCCCUUCGGCCAUCCCCCCACCCACUCCCCCACCCACUCCCCCACCCCGUCCCGCUUCGCCGCCGCCCCUGCCUUCUCCCCCCGUCCCCCCGUCCACCAAUCUCUCAAGCGCCCAAAACGCCAGCGCUCUCCAUCCACAUCUCCUCCCACCUCCCCGUCUUCGCCACCCUCCAAACAACGUUCCGGCCUCUCAGCAGCCCACAAUGCCGCUUCAGCUCUGUCCGCACCUGUCUCUGGUCUCGAGCAACAGUCCAGCAAGCGCACCAAGCUCCAUGCUUCCCAGCUAGGCCAGCAUCAACAGGGCGGUGUCGAUGUCGGGGUUAUGUUGGCCACUCUCCCUCUUUCUGCCCACCUGCCUAUCCUCAUCCAGCUUCUCGAAGCCAACCCCUCUUUGGCCUCUUCAGUCUUGGAUAUGAUUCCCCAACAGGAUCUCAAGUCCUGCGUAAAGGAACUGGGCCGGCGUUUCGUAGACAUUGAGCGCGUUGGCGGGUCCAUCAGCCACCCCUCGGUGAUACCAGGGACGAUCGCGGAAGGUCGAAGAUGGGACCGCGUCGUCAACGAAGUCGAAGUCUAUUGUCGCACGGCAACGACAUACAUCAACUAUCUUUCCACCGCUGUACAAAUCUCCAACGACUUUCAAUCCCUCUUCUCUCUCCUGCAUCCCCUUACGUCGCAACUUGUCUCCAUACUGUCAAUCAUUCCCUCCUCACACGUCAACAACCCCCUCCCUGGUCCCGCCCCGCUGGUUCUAGAGCUUGCCAAAUUUGUGCUAUCGACUUGGUCUUCCUGGGUCACGGGACUGUCCUCGGAUGUGAACGACAAAGGUGGCAUGCACCCGCACUCUCUAGUGGCGCAUUGGGCAGAGACUCUGGACAAAUUGGUGUCCACCACCACCAGUCUGUCGCCAUCCCAAUCUUCUGGCAGUAGCCACUGGUCUAUACCUGUUCCCUCCCAAGGUGCCCCAUGCCCACAAGAGUCUGAGCUGGUGGUAUCUUUUCGGGAAGCACUCUCCCAGUCGAGAGACCAGUUUGCGACCCAGGUAGGCUGGUUGAUAGGCCGACCUAGCCGGUAG